AUGACCUCAGCAACACCCGUAUUCAGACUCUACAUCGUCCGCCACGGUCGGACUUCCUACAACGCCCAAUCCCUCCUCGCCGGCAAACUCGACAUCCCCCUCUCCGCCUACGGCAUCGCCCAGUCCUCCCACUCCUCCGCCCUCUUCUCCACCAUCCCCAUCCACGGCACCAUCACCUCCACCCUCCUCCGCGCCAAACAAACUGCCGAUAUCAUCCUCGAGUCGCACAUCGGGGUCGGCGUGGUAAGUGAGGCACGGGUGGAAGAUGGGCGGCUGGAUGAGAGAGGGUUGGGGGAGUGGGAGGGGAAGCGUGUGGAGGAGGUUGGGUGGGUUGAAGAGCCGGAGGGCGCGGAGACGUUUGACGAAGUCAGUACCAGAGUCUCCUCUUUCCUCACCUCCUUGCUUUCAUCCUUCAACCCUCUCGCUUCAUCUCGCGGCACAAUCGAGCCAAACAACAUCCUCCUCGUCACCCACAAAGACAUCAUCACCUCCUUCGCCCGCCUCUUCUCCUUCGCCGCCAAAACCCCAAGUGGACCCGAGUGGCGAAUACCUACGAGUACUGUACCCGGGUGGCGGGUAGAGCUUGAUGACGAUGUCGAGUUGCUGGACGGGUGCUCCAACCUUGGCGUUGGAUCGCUCGAGGGGUUUAGGGUUGGGGAUGGGGAUGGGGAUCAGUGGGUUUUAAAGAUCAGAGCGUGGGCGAAGGAGGCGCCUGUUGUAUAA